AUUAAAAAGAAAAAAAAAAGAAAAGACAUUUUGUACAAAUCUCACAUUACGAUUACAAAUGAUCUUACUUUUGUAUUGUAUUCUUAAAAAAAACAUUUUUAUGGAAACAAAAUAAGAAUAUCUCGGAAUGACGUGAAAUUUCUUUCAUUAUAAUAAUAUUAGUUUAUUAUGUGAAUUAGUUGAUAAGAAUGUAUGAAGUUCUUCAUAAGAAGAACGUAUGUAAUAAGUAAAUGUAUGAUCAUAAAAAAUAAAUAUUGUGUGUAAGUUGAGUAUUAAUUAUUUUUGUUUUAUAAUACUGUAUGUAAUAUUAAUGUGUUGAUUCCGCAUAUGGUACGAAAUAACAUUUGAAAUAUUUAAAGAUAUUUAAUUUGAUAUAUGUACGUUCUUCUUUAGUAUAGUUUAUGUAAGAUAGAAAAGAACGAUGAAUGUCGAAGCUGUUCAACAAUCGGAAAAUGAAAUGUUUUUUUGUAGUACUUAUAGAUUUUAAUAAAUGAUCAAUAAUAAUUUUCCAUUAAAAACUAUAUAUUUUUUAGCAUUUUUAUCAAUAUUUUAUGAACAAGAUCGAUAUUUGUACGUAACAAUAAAAUCAUAACCUUACUUUCGUACAAGUGACACUUAAACUUCGUCAAAAUGAUGCAACAGUAUAUGAAAGAAUUAGAACAAGAUCCAUUUGAUCCUGAAGAAUUUGUUGAAAGACUUGCUUGGAGAACAGUUAAUGAUACGACAAAAGAUGAUGGAAAAACGUUUUUUGAUCCGACAAUAGUGCACGAAACUUUCUUGCAAGCGAUUAAGGAUUUACAAAUUCUACAGGAACGUCAACAGAAGAAGUGCGACAAAUUUGAGGCAGCAUUAAAAGAUGAAGAAGCAAGGCAUAUACUAGAAAUAUUUGAAUUACAGGAAAGAAAUAAACAUUCUAUUGAACUAUUUCAUCAGUUAGAUGAAAGAAUAAAUCUUGUAGCUACCAAGGUUUUACAUUUAGGAGAUCAGUUGGAAAGUGUUAAUACCCCAAGAGCUAGAACUGUCGAGGCUCAGAAAUUAAUGAAACAUUUUUCAGAGUUUUUAAGCCCAGGACCUUUGACAGACCCGAUUUUUACAGAUAAGUCUGUGCUAGAUGAGGCAGCAGAUGUUAUACAAAAACUUCAUCUUAUUUCACAAGAAUUACCAUCUGAGAAAUUUGAACAUGCUAAAAAAAAAAUUGCUGUUAAGUACGAUGAAAUUGAAAGAAAUCUCAUAGAAGAAUUCGUUAGAGCGCAUAAUAGGGAAGAUGCUACUCGUAUGAGAGAGCUAGCAUCAGUGCUAGCUCAUUUUAAAGGAUAUUCUCAAUGUAUUGAUGCAUUUAUAGAGCAAAGCCAAAUGGGCUCGUUUGGUGGAAAGGACGUUUUCCAAGAUGUAAUACCUAUGUGUACAAAAUAUCAUAAAUUAAUGCAACAAGUAUUUACAAAUCCUGAACAGGUGAUGGCAAAAUUUGUGCUAAAUAUUUACCACUUAAGACUUCAAAAAUAUGCAGUUGCUAAAUUAGCAGAUAAAACUGAUCCUGACAAAUACCUAAAAAAUUUAUAUGAUUUAUAUACAAGAACUGUGAAAUUAUCUACAGAAUUGAAAAUAUUUAAUAUGGGCACUGAUGAUACAUAUCUUGCCAAACUUACUAGAAAUAUAUUUCAAAAAUAUUUAGAUACUUAUAUCAUUAUGGAAACAAAAGUAUUGAAAGAAAAAUCAGCAGCCCUUCUUAUUGAAUAUUACGAAUCUAAAAAUCAUCAAAAGAAACAAUUACAAAGUGGCGGAUUUCAAGAAUUAAGAAGAGAUUUACAAGCAGUUUUAGGUGCAAGGACUAAUAUAAAUAUCGCGCAAAUAGAAAAUUAUGGUGGUGAAACUUUUUUGUCAGAAGAACUUGCAAUUGCUUUGUUACAAAGAAGUAAAUUGGCGUUUCAAAGAUGUCAGUUAUUAUCUAAACCUGAUGAUAUAUCGAUAAAUGCAAUUCAGAUUUUGGAGAUAUUAUUACAAUAUUUAAUAAGUGAACACGUUGAUUAUGCAUUGGAAUUGGGUUUACAAAGUGUACCAAUUCCUGAAAGCAGAACUCAACCUGAGAUAUAUUUUUUCAAUGUUGUACGUCAAUGUAAUGCAAUUGUACGCUUAUUAGAGGAACAAUUCAAUGACAGCGUGAUACCUCUUGUUGUAUCUACACCCAAGCACGGAGAUUGUAUGUUAAAGAAAAAGCUCGCGUUAGAUCAAAUUGACAUGAAAUUGGAGAUGGGAUUAGAUAGAAGUAUAAAUGCUAUUAUCGGCUGGGUAAAAGUGUAUCUACAAAACGAACAACGAAAGACUGAUUUUAAACCUGAAACUGAUGUCGAUACUUUAAGCACUCCAGCUUGUUUAACAGUAGUACAAUAUGUUACUGGAAUGAUUCGACAUAUUCGAAGUACUUUAGAUGGAAAAAAUUUAAAUACUGUUCUAACUGAGCUUGGAGUGCGAUUUCAUAAAAUUAUUUAUGAUCAUUUACAACAGUUCCAAUUUAAUUCCGCAGGUGCUAUGUGUGCAAUAUGCGAUAUGAACGAAUAUCGUAAAUGCGUCAAGGAACUUGAAAUUGACCUUGUUACUAAUUUGUUUGACACUUUACAUGCUUUAUGUAAUUUAUUAUUAGUUAAACCAGAAAAUUUAAAACAAGUUUGUACAGGAGACCAAUUGGCAACGUUAGACCGUAAUGUUCUAGUGAAUUUCAUACAAUUAAGAACUGAUUAUAAAACACAAAAAUUAGCAAAUUGUUUAAAGGGUUUAGCCACAUAAUAAAUUCAUAAUAAUGUGUGAAUAUUACCUUUAUAAUACCUUUGAAGUGUGUUAUAUAUAGUAUUUAGGAUGAAUAUAUACAACCAAAAUAAUAACAUAAAUUAGAUCUUAUUAAAUGAAGAUGUUGCUUUCAUUGUAAUAAUAAUAAUGGCCAGUUGUACAAGAUUUUUUUAUUAUAUAGUUAAACUAUAUAAAAGCAAUGAUUUCCUUAUUUUUUAAGCUUUGAUUAUAUAUUUGUAGCAAACAUAUUUAUUUUAUUGGUAUGUAAGAUUGUCAUAAACAAUUGUAGUAUCUGCUAUUAACAUUUUUCUUAUUUUAGAAGAAAAUGGUAUGCAUAAUAACUGAUUAUAAUAUUUGUCAAAUUUUUCUACUUGUAUUUGAUUUUCAUCUGGUUGUUUCUAAUACAAAUUAAUCCGAUAAUUAUUUAUUCAAAAUUUUGUAAUAUAUUUUGACAGAUUACAUACCACUUUAAUUAAAGCAGACUUUCAUACUAAAUUUUGUAAUUGACUUCUACAAUAUAGAAUACUUUUUUUUUUAAUGUUUAUGUGUAAAUAAUUUUGUUUUAGUUCCUAAAUUAAUAUUUUUAUUAAAUCAAAGAAUUUUAUAAUUAAUAAAUAAUAUUUGAAAAAGAAGAAUUAU